AUGGCCAACUGCGCCGUGUGCGAGGCUAUCGCCCGCGUUGUGGCGACCCUGCUCAAGCAAGGCCUCGAAAAAAUAAUAGUCCUGGACCCAAACCGCCGCCAAACCACAUGGAACUACACGCGGCAUCUUCCUCUCUUUGAGGCCAUCAACUUCAAGCCGAAGCUAGGCCGGGAUUGCACCAUCGAGAAAGCGAAAAUUCGACGGCAAGACUUGGAGAUGGAGCUACGCAAGUCUGACUACAUUAUAUCCGGCGCCGCUUUCACCAUUGCCGACGUAGAUGGACGGGACGCCGAGUAUGGUCUGAGAGGUGUGCGUGAGCUUCCAGACCCUGAACCACGCUCGUUCAAGCAAAAGGUCUGUCAAGUACACCACAACAUCGUGUCUUCUCCGCAGCAAUCUGCGACAACAACCAUUGCUGUUCCAAGUGAGGGGUACAUUGGCUCGAUAGACGCGACCUACUGCGCCGUCAGGGCCGACAACUCCUCCAACACCGACAAGUGCAAGUCCCGAGCAUGGACACGCGGGGUCGAGGCGAUGCUUGCUCGGAGACUGCUUUUUUUCGAGGGCGGAACUGUCCGGUGGACCUGCGCCCCGGCCGAGUGCAAGGCCACCCCCUGCCCGGGCGACGCCUCCCAGAACUGCGGGGGCGAGCGUCAUAUGGUCAUCUACUCGCCGCGCGACGCCGUGGCGUACUAGUGCGCCGAUCAAGGUUGCCACGCGAGAAAUCGUCCGGGGCGCACACCCUCCUCCUCCACGGCUCGCGCCUCGGCAGCACAGCAAGUCGGUAUCGGGCUGGGCGGCUCCCUGCUAGCUUAGGAAUCACUAACGCAAUCUAUUACCUAUCCAGUGUCGGUAACUGGUUGAGAUCGGCUCGCCGUGUAUUUGCGCUGCCCAGAUUACCGUUCCCUCACGUUGUAGCUCCACUCAUCUCCGAGUUGCUUUUACUCUCCCAACACCCUGAGCAGGUCCUGUUCAUCGCUCUACGGAAUGUAUUCAUCAUUUCCAGCUCCGUCUUGACUGUGCCUGCUCACAAUCCCUGGAACCCGCUGGAGCCACCCUCAUGGUAACCACACCACGAUAUGUUCUUUGUCAGAAGGCACCAAGCAAAUCAUGGAUUCUGGCUCACAACAUGAAGAACAACUGCGAGUGCAACAUGCCGUUCAGCUUUGAUCCCACACAGCAGCGGAGCAGGGAAGCAUGAUGAGUUGCAGGAACGAUGUACGACUCGGCACACUGCUGGGGCCAGCGCCUGUUGGCAUCAACUGUGGGGGUGCAACACCCGCAUGUGCAGGGGGCACCUGUUUGAUGGAACUACGCCCAAUCAGGUCAACGCUAAACCGGGCCGAUCCGGUGCCACAUUCCACACUGUGUGGAGUGGGCAAGAUGGGAUGGACAUGGGAGAGCCUUGGCAAGGCGAGGGAGCUGCCGAGUUCCGUUCUACCCAUCUUUCCGGCUUCCAUGGGCACAACUAGCGAGGAAAGGGGAGUGAGAUUUUUGAGCCCACCCUUAAGGUGACAUUGGAGUUCCAGGCAGCAAACCUAUAUGCAAUGAAGCUCCGGAGGCUACUCACGCGGUUGGGCUUCGCCGUCACCAAGGGUGCUAUUUUUGGUCUUACUAGAGCCCCAGAGCGGUCUCCAACGCCGAGGUAAAUUAACAUUUAGCUGGUUACCAG